AUAUUUAUUGACUUAAAGACUCACCUAAAUCUUCAUUAGCAAUCGAGGGUGGGAGAAAUUAAAGAGAGAAUGGGCGUUAGUUUUGUGUUUUACUUCAUCCUGCAGCUACCAUGGCUUAUAGGACCGGCAACAUCGCUCGAAGCAGGCGAUUCUGGGUGUAGUGAAACAUGCGGGACUGUUUCUAUUCCGUACCCAUUCGGAAUAAAAAGGGGUUGCUAUGCCUAUAACAAUUCAUGGUUCAGAGUAACUUGUAAUGAAACCGCUGAUGGGCCAAAACCUUUCAUCACUCGCAUCAAUCUGGAGCUACUUGGUAAAUUUUGGCGGGACAAUAAAGUCGUCACCAUCAACAAUCCGGUAACUUAUCUAAAUUGCGGCGAUAAAGGAAACAAUAGUACCAUUUCUCCAUCAAGUGUCAACCUACAAGGCACCCCGUUUUUCUUCUCAAAUCAACACAACACAUUCGGAUCUAUAGGUUGCGGCAAUCUGGCUACUAUUUUUCGCAACAAUCAAAUCGAUCCAAUCGUUAGCUGCGUACAGCACAGUUGUGGCGACCCGAGUUUGGGGUUCGGUGGCUGUUAUGCUCUAAUUUCGGAACAGUUCACUUCCUAUACAACAAGCAUAGCAGAGGUGAAAAACCCUGCAGGGAGCAAGAGAUGUGCAUCUGCCUUCGUGUUUGAUUCUAACAAAUUACCAUCAUGGAAGAUAAGCAUCAAUACCACGCAUGUUCCUGCAAUUCUCGAGUGGAAUCCAUGUGAUUUGGAAGGUCAUUAUCUACUAUCUUCACUUCAUUAUUAUUAUUUUUUUCUUUUGUUUGAUUAAAUUUUGCCACGGACUUCAAUUUUUGAUUAAUUGGUAUGUUGUUUUUAAUCUCUAUGCAG